AUGCUGACCCAGCAAGCGUGGGACGUCGCCAUGAGACGGCGGUUCAAUUUCAGGUUCACUAGUUCGAAACGGCCGUUCGUCUCUCCUCAUCCUCUGCCUGUGGAGGACGAGUCGAGGUACUACAACUUCGACGAUACCCUGGCCCCUAUCCGCCCGGGCUCUCCUCUGACCAGCAGACGGGAACUCGACCCUGCGACUCUGGUGCAUCUUCGACACGCCUGUAUAUCACUCUACCACAAGACCAAGUCUCAGGGGCAGGCUGGCCGCCGUGCGCCAAUCCCCCAGUCGGAUCCGGUCUACUUUAAACGCGAGUAUGAACGGCGCAGACUGGCCGCUCUUCCGCCAGGUCGACGGCCCAUGGGCUCUACGGAAGAAAGCAAGGCCCUUGAGACGGCAGCAUCUCGGCCUGAUGCACGCGCUCGACCGUCGGUUGUGACAGACCUACCCUCCUCCACCCUGUCACCCACCUCUGCGGUGGCUCCCGACAGCGCUGGCGUUGUUACAGACCAACCCUCGUCCACAGAGAUGGAGAUACGCAGAACGAUAUCUGCUCCUCCACAUACGGAGACGGAGGGUGCCAUGGCCGAAGACCCUUCGUCGUUCCCGUACAGGUCUGAAAACCGCCAGGUCCCCAGCGUUAACCAACCCACGGUGGCUUCGUCGCCGGUCCAUUCUAUCGAGACUCAGCCAGCAGGGGCCGCACCCCCCAGCCCUCACACCGCCGGCAGACAGGGCUCCAGGGACAUCGGCACAGAGACCCAGACGCCAACGGGGGCAGACACCCGUCAACAUGCUGAAAGCACACCAAGGCCCAUCAGCCAGGGCCUGGGACUCGUGCCCGUAGCAACUCGGGCAUCAGCCCAGGGAACCUUAUCCACCACCACCACAGACUCCAUCGUCACAGACACGACUACAACGACUACGGUGACCGCUGCCAGCACGUCGACGGACGUUGCCGACUUAUCCCCCCCUAUCACCGCUCCCUCAGCCGGUCAGUUGUCACGAGUGCAAACCUUUGUCAAAAAGCUUUCUAAAUUCGGCUUCCACAAAAAGAAAGCAUCCAACCGAAGCAAUGUGGGCUUAGGCAUGGUGGUUGAGGCUACCUGA